GAUAUGGCGCUGCAAUUCGUUGGAUUGAUAAUCACACUGAUGGUUAUCGACGGCACAUUCGGGAAGGUGGAACGUUUUCAUGUUGUGGGACGUGUUGUUUGCGGCACGCGACCAAUCGCACAACAACCCGUUACCCUUUAUGGUUUAAGUGAUGCGAGAGAUGACUACAUGAAGGUCGUGAACACCACUGAUGAGGAUGGCAAAUUUCUGGUGUUCGAUCUAAAAGAUCAGCUGUAUACACACCACAUUACCAUCACACACGACUGCAAGGGGCUUUCCUAUCUCCGCGAAGUGGGAUUAGUUCUAUAUAUGUUUUUGUUAAACCCUCCCAUUGCAUGA